AUGUCAAUUUAUCCAACACAGCAAGUACGGCAAUAUACACUGUUACUGAGUGUUGUUUUAAUUUUGUCAGUAGUUAUUAGCCAUUCCUGCCUUUGUAAAGAUUAUUCAGAAUCGAGGAUGCCAUUGAACUCAAACUUCAGUCAUUUUUUUAUUGUUCUCGGUUCACGUGGUAUACUACGGUAUUACACUCUCAAGAUACACCAUGCCCAUGAAUUAUUUGUUUACUUGCAGAGAAAUACUGUACAUAAUUUUGAGAUUCUACAAUUCUUGUGUGAAUGCGGAUACAACUAUUGCAUAAAUCAUUAUGUGUCUUUUGGUGAACUUGAAAGGCACACCAAAGAUAAGCACUUUAAUGUCGACCGAGAUAAGAAAUGUAGGGUUACAUUAGAAAACCCUACUGUCAUUAAAAACGGUUCGGUAGGAUGUCUUUCUAUUUUUUCACCUCUUGUAUCUAUAUUACCAAAGUUUGAAAGUAUCAGCCGGGACCAGAUAGAGUUAUUCUAUGCUGGCAAAAAGGUUGUAUUGUGUGGUCCGUAUGGUAAAUUGCGUAUUGUAUAUGCAACUCUUAGUUGGCAUGAAAAAAAUAUAAGUGAAUCUGAAAACGCCAACGAAAAGAGGUUAAAAGAGGCCCUCAUCAUUGGCAGAAAUAUCACAAAUAAGAAAGCAAUAUCUGAUGAUUUGUUGGGUUGUUGGGAUAGUCUUAGUAAUGAACAUAAUGUAUUAUAUUCUGCUUCAAUGGAGAAUGGCUACAGUCAAUAUCUUUCGCCAGAAUGUAUUGAAAUAGCUACAGUAUAUGCAAAUCAUAUAGUAGAGCUAUUUGAAAAAAAACGUGUACCAUUUUCAUUCAAAAGCUCAAGGAAAUACUACCAAAGGAGAUCUAUCUUAUUAUUUGGGCACAAGAGAGAGAAGAACUAUAGCAGAAUAGUACUGUUACAGAAAGUACAAAAUAAUGGCACACCUGUACAGCUUGCUUCUUACCUUGGUUCUUAUAUUGCGAUGCAAUGGUAUAUUAUGUUUGAGCAUGAGACAGAAUAUAAUCAAGAGCUGUCCUGGAAGGAGUUAAAAAAGACAGGAAAGCCUGAUAAAAGCAGUAAACAAGACGUUGCUCACAAGAGCGAUUUACUCAAAAUGUUCGCUUUGACACCAGAACCUUCGUUCAAGUUCAGAUUUAUCUCCAUUAAACCUACCGGCCUAAAGGCUUUCACGACAUGCUUCAAAAAAAUAUUUUUAGCAUUCAAUCAUAACCAAGGUAUGCUCUUUAGAGUGGUAGACUUUUCGAAACCGAAUCUUAAAAUCUAUAGUGUCAUAAAAUAA